AUGCUCAUUUACCAGCGUCAAAAAGAAGCAAGUGACCAUUCCGACAGGAGCUCUAAUGCGGGACCUGCCGGUUCCGAGUUCCACGCUGUACCGACCGACCACGCCACCGGAGAAGCAGCCGAGCAAGUGGAGAAAUUCACGUACCUUUGGGUCGUGUUUAUUGGUGAUGGAAAAUGGGAAGAGGAGAUCGACUGGCAUACCGAAACGGCCAGCGGCAUUUUGCAUCAAUUAGCCCAAACCCAUAUGACGCUUUUGCUGUUGUUGAUUUUCGCCUGCUUGACGUCCGCCGGAGCAGGCAAGACCCAGUACUUCCGUGUGUCGUCCGCGAACAUGACCUCAAUAACCUUCGAUCUCGAGCAGCCGACGGACUGGCCUACGGUUUACGUUACCAUCAAUGCCAGCAGUUUUGCGGAAGCGCUAGUGAAUCCGGUGCAGUUUCACCUGGUCGACAAAUAUUCUUCUCUAUCGUGGCAAUUGCCAUAUGUAUUGGAAGGAGUGACCCUGUACAAGGCGCAGAGGACGCUGUGCCCUUCACCGAAGUUGCUAUCGUUGCGUACCGAGUCGAAGAUGUGCCGCAAUGAUGAUGCCCGGUGUGAAGCUGUCAAGAUGCAAUUUCGUCAAGCCACCGCCGAACGCAAGCAUUUCACGCUCGAAGCAUUCACAGCUUCCAGAGAGAUCAAUUUCACCGUUAGCAGUCGAUCGCUGCAAGACGUUCUACUCAGGUUAAAUAAGCUUGAUCGACGAUCCGGCUCUGUAAUCAAGCCGGUCUUCUGUCGGUUUAAUUUCACCGGUACGACACAAAAUGUCAAAAUACGGAUCCAGAGUGCUGAUAUGUUGUGUGCAGCCCUGGUCGUGCAGAAUCAGACGGUUUGA